AGGGUUGUGUGGUGGAACUUGUGAAGACGCAAAGUGAGGAACAGAGAAGCCAACGACUCUGUUUGUCGGGAGAGUUUUAAGAAAGUUUCUCGAGAAAAUUAUGGCUUUUGGCACCAAAUGAGCCUCGGGUUCCGUUAUGUAGUUCUUCCACAUAGCAGGGGCAAUUUCGUCAAAGAAAAAAGCAAGGGUUUAUGAAGGGCUUUAAGACACACAACAUAAGAAAAACCCGUCGCAGUUCAACCAGUUUUUAAGUUCUACAGCAAUGGCGGUUCUUCUUUAACAGAGAACACACAACUGCUCCGCUAGGGCAUUAAAAAGACCCAAAACCUGAAUUCAAUUUUCGAUUUUUCAUACAGUUUCAAUCGAUUCACCAUUAACAUAUGCUGAAGCUUCUCUCUUCUUCCUCAUCAUGCCUCCAGGCCCGAGUGCACAGCCUGGGUCCCAAUUUGGGCCUCCGUCCCGGGCCCACCGAGCUCGCCUCGCCAUUUCUCCGAGUUAUUGGCUCGCUCACCGGGUUGACACGGCCUAAUUCGUCUCGUCGAGCCUUUUUUUGCUCGGACGCGAGCGACGGGUCUGAUCAAGUGGUGGAGGUUGAAGCAAAGAAAGCGGGAACGGAGGGCGAGGCCGAGUCUAAGUCUUCGUCAGCAAUUGUGCCCACGAAUCCUCGACCCGAAGAUUAUCUAACGGUUUUAGCUUUGCCGUUGCCGCAUAGACCACUCUUUCCAGGAUUCUACAUGCCAAUUUAUGUGAAGGAUCCUAAAUUGUUGGCAGCUUUACAGGAAAGCCGAAAACGGCAAGCUCCAUAUGCCGGUGCUUUUCUUCUCAAGGAUGAGCCGGGGACUGAUCCUAGUGUGGUCUCAGGUUCUGAAACUGAUAAGAGCAUUUCUGACUUAAAAGGGAAAGAGUUAUUUAAUCGCCUGCAUGAAGUCGGUACGCUUGCCCAGAUUUCAAGCAUUCAAGGAGACCAAGUAGUUCUUAUUGGUCAUAGGCGACUUCGAAUUACAGAGAUGGUUGAUGAGGAUCCUCUGACUGUAAAAGUUGAUCAUCUCAAGGACAAACCCUAUAACAAGGAUGAUGAUGUAAUAAAAGCAACAUCAUUUGAGGUUAUAUCUACUUUAAGAGAUGUUCUGAAGACUAGUUCCCUUUGGAGAGAUCAUGUUCAAACAUACACUCAGCAUAUAGGUGAUUUUAAUUUUCCAAGGUUAGCAGAUUUUGGAGCUGCUAUAUCCGGUGCAAACAAGUUGCAAUGCCAGCAAGUGCUUGAAGAGCUAGAUGUUUAUAAACGUUUAAAGCUCACACUGGAACUAGUGAAGAAAGAGAUAGAAAUCAGCAAGAUUCAGGAAUCUAUUGCAAAAGCAAUUGAAGAGAAGAUAAGUGGUGAACAGCGCCGCUACUUGUUGAAUGAGCAGCUUAAAGCCAUAAAGAAGGAACUGGGAUUGGAAGCAGACGACAAAACAACACUUUCUGCAAAGUUCAGGGAGAGACUUGAACCAAACAGGGAAAAAUGCCCACCUCAUGUUUUGCAAGUUAUAGAAGAAGAGCUCACAAAACUGCAGCUGUUGGAGGCCAGUUCGAGUGAAUUUAAUGUGACGCGUAAUUACUUAGAUUGGUUGACUUCCAUUCCCUGGGGAAAUUACAGUGAUGAGAACUUUGAUGUUCUUCGGGCUCAAAAGAUUCUUGAUGAAGAUCACUAUGGGUUAUCUGAUGUAAAGGAAAGGAUAUUGGAGUUUAUUGCCGUCGGGAAACUUAGAGGAAUCUCACAAGGAAAAAUCAUUUGUCUCUCUGGCCCACCUGGAGUGGGCAAAACCAGCAUUGGCCGUUCAAUUGCACGGGCCUUGAACCGUAAGUUCUACCGAUUCUCUGUAGGAGGGUUAUCUGAUGUUGCUGAAAUAAAGGGGCAUCGUCGGACCUACAUUGGUGCUAUGCCAGGAAAGAUGGUACAAUGCCUAAAAAAUGUGGGAACAGCUAACCCCUUAGUUCUGAUCGAUGAGAUUGACAAGUUGGGAAGGGGACAUGCUGGUGAUCCAGCAAGUGCUUUGUUGGAGCUUCUUGAUCCGGAGCAAAAUGCUAAUUUUUUAGACCAUUAUCUUGAUGUUCCAAUUGACCUGUCAAAGGUUCUGUUUGUUUGUACAGCAAAUGUUGUGGAGAUGAUACCAAAUCCUCUCUUGGAUAGAAUGGAGGUCAUCUCCAUUGCUGGGUAUAUUACUGAUGAAAAAAUGCACAUUGCUAGAGACUAUUUGGAGAAGACCACACGUGAAGCAUGUGGCAUCAAACCUGAACAGGUUGAAGUGACCAAUGCAGCUCUUCUUGCUCUCAUAGAAAAUUAUUGCCGAGAAGCAGGUGUUAGGAACCUCCAAAAGCACAUAGAAAAGAUCUACCGCAAGAUAGCCCUGCAACUUGUUAGACAAGGAGCGUCAGAUGAACCUGAAGUUGCUCACCAAAUAGAGUCUCCCACAAGUCAGAUUGAUGGCCCAAAUGAAUCUGCCGUUGUUGAAGCUCAGGUUGCAGAGACUGAUGAAGCCAAGGUAGAAGAUGUUGAUAAACUAGAUCAAAAUGUGGUUGCUAGUGAGAGCCAGACUGCAAGUGAAUCAUUAGAGAUGGAUCUCCCAGUUGAACCUGCAGUUGGUGAAGUUCAGGUUGCAGAUACUGAUGAACCUAUGGAUUCCAAGGAUGCAAAGAAAACUGACAAAAUUCAGGAAAAUGAAACGACAAAAACAGUUGACAAAGUCUUGGUUGAUGAAUCAAACGUGGCUGAUUUUGUUGGCAAACCUGUUUUCCAUGCUGAACGCCUCUACGAUCAGACUCCAGUUGGAGUUGUUAUGGGUCUCGCUUGGACUGCCAUGGGUGGUUCCACCCUGUAUAUAGAGACCACUCAGGUUGAGGAAGGAGAGGGGAAAGGAAGCCUUAAUGUAACUGGUCAACUUGGGGAUGUUAUGAAAGAAAGUACCCAAAUUGCUCACACUGUUGCGAGAGCGAUAUUGCUCAAUAAAGAGCCAGACAAUCCUUUCUUUGCCAAUUCCAAGCUUCAUCUCCAUGUUCCUGCAGGUGCCACACCAAAGGAUGGACCUAGUGCUGGUUGUACCAUGAUCACAUCCAUGCUGUCCCUUGCCAUGAAGAAGCCUGUCAAGAAGGAUUUGGCAAUGACAGGGGAAGUAACACUAACUGGGAGGAUCCUUCCUAUUGGCGGGGUUAAGGAGAAAACGAUAGCGGCAAGGAGGGGUGAAGUGAAGACCAUCAUAUUUCCUGCAGCCAACAGGAAGGAUUUUGAUGAACUCGCCCCUAAUGUAAAAGAAGGUCUUGAUGUUCACUUUGUAGAUGACUACAAUCAGAUUUUCGAUUUGGCUUUCAGUGAUGACCAGAGCAAAUUAAAAUAAGCCCUCUUCCCCACUAACUCUCAAGAUGGAGCUUUCAAUUGCCAUACAUAUGCGGUUGAGUGUUUGCCUGUGACCCCACAGGCAGGGCCAUGCCCAUAUUCCUCGAAACAGACCCAAGCCAAAUUACAGCUGAGAUAAACCAACUGAAUGAGGUGCUGCACAAUUUUUUGUUAUACAUUUAUUUCACUUAUAAUUAUCCUACUAUUCUUGUAAAAUUGAAGCACCCAUUUGCCCCAUUUUGUAACAAGCUUAACAUUAUUCUUCAGCUGAAUAUUGACAAUCUGAAUGUGAACCUCAUGAGGUAGAAAAAGGUUUUUGAAUUGGUCUGCUACUUAAUAAAUAUGGAAGUUGAAGCUCUUA